AUGACUCAAGAAGGCAGAGUGAAGAGCGUGCUCUCCGGCGACACCUUGAUCCUGCAAAACAAGGCGAAACAAGAACGUACCCUCAGCCUCGCCUUCAUCAACGCGCCCCGCCUCCAACAAGACGAGCCCGGCGCCUUCGAAUCCCGCGAUCUGCUGCGCAAGCUGUGCGUGGGCAAGGUCGUGCACUUCCGCGUCCUCUACGCCAUUCCGCAAAAGACGGGCGGUGGGGCUCGCGACUAUGGUGUUGUCACGCUAUCUACAGGCCAGGUGCUGCCUGACUUGAUUGUGCAAGAGGGAUGGGCGAGGAUUCGCGACGAUGCGGAUCGGAAGGCAGAUGCCCCUCCGGCUGCUGAGUUGCUGGAGAGAUUGCAGGCAUUGGAAGCCCACGCCAAGGCGGAUGAGAAGGGAGUGUGGAACGCGAGCACCAAACCCGUUCAGAAUCUGCGAGACCUCCCGGAUGCUAAGGCGUUUGCAGAGGAGCAUAAAGGCCAGGCACUGGAGGCGGUGGUGGAGCGAGUCCUGAGCGGUGAUCGACUCAUUUGCCGCUUACUGCUCUCUCCCACUCAACAUGUGCAAACUACCGUUCUUCUUGCUGGUGUUCGAGCGCCCACGACCACUCGUACCAACCCGUCAGACGGCUCGACGCAACCCGGCGAACCUCUUGGCACCGAAUCGCAGGCCUUUGCGGAGGACCGGUUAUUGCAGCGUGGCGUACAAGUACGGAUACUAGGCGUCUCACCAAACAAUCUCUUGGUUGGAGAGGUCCGUCAUCCCGUGGGCAACAUCGCCGAAUUCCUUCUCAAAGAAGGUCUAGCGAGAUGUGUCGACCACCACUCCACCCUCCUCGGCGCCGAAAUGGGCAAGCUUCGACAGGCAGAGCGGUCAGCGAAAGAGCGACAAGCCGGUCUGUUCAAGAGCCAUGUCUCCGCACGUCAAGGCGGCGGUGGUGAGAGCGAAGCCGUUGUCAGCCGUGUUGUCUCCGCGGACACCAUCCUUGUGCGCAACAAAACCGGACAAGAGAGACGCAUCAGUUUGAGCAGUAUUCGUCAACCGAAGCCCACCGACCCCAAGCAAUCGCCAUUCACUGCGGAAGCAAAGGAGUUCCUGCGAAGACGGCUGAUCGGGAAGCAUGUCAAGGUGACGACCGAUGGCAAGCGUCCGGCGACUGAGGGCUAUGACGAGCGCGAGAUGGCGACGGUGUCGCAGAACGGCAAGAACGUGGCUGUCGGCCUUGUGGAGAACGGCUAUGCAUCGGUCAUUCGCCACCGCAUGGACGACGCAGAUCGCAGCCCCCUCUACGACGAUCUCCUCGCGGCGGAGGAGGCGGCACAAAAAGAAGGCAAGGGCAUGUGGAACCCUAAACCACCAUCACAACGUGUCUACAUCGAUUUCAGCGAGUCCCUGGAAAAGGCGAAACGCCAACUCACCCUCCUCUCCAAGCAAAAGCGCGUGCCGGCCGUCGUCGACUUUGUCAAAUCCGGCAGCCGCUUCACCAUCCUCAUCCCGCGCGAAAGCACCAAACUCACCUUUGUGCUCGGCGGCAUUCGUGCUCCCCGCAGCGCCCGCGGCCCCAACGAUACCGCCGAGCCAUUCGGACAGGAGGCUCACGACUUCGCCAUUAAGCGAUGCAUGCAGCGUGACGUCGAAAUUGACGUGGACGACACCGACAAGCAAGGCGGUUUCAUCGGUACCAUGUACAUCAACCGCGAGAGCUUCGCCAAAGUGUUGGUGGAGGAAGGUCUGGCAUCGGUGCACGCCUACAGCGCGGAGAAAUCGGGCAACGCCAACGAGCUGUUCGCAGCAGAGAAGAAGGCGAAAGAAGCGCGACGUGGGAUCUGGCACGACUGGGAUCCAUCGCAAGAAGCGGCAGAGAAUGGCGACGACGACCUCCUGGACGGCGCAGAAACGAACGGCACCAACGGCCACGACAUCACCGCCCUCCCCCCGCGCGAACGCAACUACAAAGACGUCUACGUCACGCACGUCGACCCGACCAACGCCCGCCUCAAACUCCAAAUGAUCGGCGCCAGCAAAGCCAACCUCGACACGCUCAUGAAGGACUUUGCCUCCUUCCACCUUUCCGGCUCCAACAACGCCUCGCUCCCCCAGCCCCCAAAAGCAGGCGACAUUGUGUCGGCGAAAUUCUCGCAAGACGGACAAUGGUACCGUGCGCGCGUCCGGCGCAACGACCGCGAAAAGCAAACGUCCGAAAUCCUGUACAUCGACUACGGCAACGCGGAGACACAGCCCUGGAGCGCCCUGCGCCCCUUGGACGCCAACAAGUUUGGCGUGAGCAAACUUAAACCCCAAGCUCUCGACGCUGCGCUGAGCUUCCUCCAAUUCCCCGUCACAAAUGCAGAGUACCUCGCCGAUUCUGUCGCUUUCCUCUCCGAAGUUGCAUUGGACCGCGACCUCGUGGCCAACGUGGACUUCACCGACGCGCGCGAUAAUGGACUGCUGUGGGUGACGUUGAUGGAUCCCAAGGCGGCCAGCACGGUGCAGCAGAGCAUCAAUGCGGAGGUGGUGAGUGAGGGGUUGGCGAUGGUGGGGCGCAAGUUGAGGCCUUUUGAGCGUGCGGCACCGGAUGUGGUGGGGGAUUUGAAGCGCCGGGAGGAGGUUGCUAAGGGGGAGCGCAGGGGGAUGUGGGAGUAUGGCGACUUGACGGAGGAUUAG